GGCUUUCGUGCUGUGUCGCCGUCGCGUCUAUUUUAAACGCUCUUCCUUCGUCAGUCGAAGGAAGGAGGAAGGAAUCGAAGGAAGGAGGAAGGAAGGAGCAAGCGAUGGCGAGUCUCUUGAGGUCCCUCGCGUCGGCCGUUCUCCUCGCCCUCCUCGCCGUUCGCGGUAUCGAGGGGACGGAGCAACGGGAGUUCGAUUACUUUUUGCUGUCGCUGCUGUGGCCGGGCACCAGCUGCGCGGCCACCCGCCAUUGCUGCUCCGACAACGCCUGCUGCCGAUCAAGUCCUUUGCCCGAGUUCACGAUCCACGGGCUGUGGGUAGACUACAAUGAUGGAACAUGGCCAGCUUGCUGUACACACUCUAAUUUUGACAUAAAGAAGAUUACAUCACUAUUGCCAACUCUUGAAAAGUAUUGGCCAACCUUAUCCUGCAGUUCUUCAUCUCUUUGCUUUGGUGGAAAAGGGUUGUUUUGGGCACAUGAGUGGGAAAAACAUGGGACUUGUUCCUACCCAAUAAUACAAGAUGAAUAUAGCUACUUCUCCAAAGCCUUAGAUCUGUACUUCAAACACAACAUGACAGAAGUUCUGACUAAUGCUGGUAUUCUGGCAACGGACGAUAAAAAAUAUCCAUUGAAAGACCUUGCGGCCAUCAUUACAAGGGCCUUUGGUGCAACACCACAGCUAGUUUGCAGGCAUGGUGCUCUUGAUGAACUUAGAUUGUGCUUUUACAAAGAUUUCAAGCCAAGAGACUGCGUUGAUGGUGCUGACGUUCUGGCGAACAAACAAAACAACUGUCCUAAAUACGUCAGCCUACCAACAUAUACUCCUGGGCUUACGGAUAUCAGUGAAUCAAUUGGACUGGCCAUGUACAACCCUCUCAGUGUAGCUUGAAUGAGAAUAUGAACUUGAUGUGCAGUAAAUAAAAGGAUAGAAAAGUUUAUUUUCCUUCCUCAUGUACCAAAGGAUUUGACUCAACGCAAAGUUGAUGGAGAAUCUAAAAUGUCACAUCGAAUAUAAAAAAAACAUAAUAAUCUGCGAAUUUGAUGAUGGAUCUAAUUGUCUUUUUUUUUUUUUUUGUAACCAGGCAUACCAUCUAAAUGGAUAUAGUUGUAAUGGUUUCAUCUAUGAUUUUAUUUGCUAUGGUAAAUCAUGGACCCAAAAUUUAUUUCUCAUUUCUUCAA